AUUUCCAGCUCAAGAUCAGUGUGCUUGUGCUGAUUUUCCGAUGAAGUACAUCCUGGUAACCGGUGGUGUCAUCUCAGGCAUUGGCAAAGGGAUCAUUGCAAGCAGCAUUGGCACCAUACUGAAAUCAUGUGGGCUACGUGUCACUGCAAUCAAAAUUGAUCCUUACAUAAACAUAGAUGCUGGAACCUUUUCUCCGUAUGAACAUGGUGAAGUUUUUGUAUUGAACGAUGGUGGAGAAGUUGACUUAGAUUUGGGAAAUUAUGAAAGAUUUUUGGACAUCAAUCUCUAUAAAGAUAACAACAUCACCACUGGAAAGAUAUAUCAGCAUGUCAUUAAUAAAGAAAGACAUGGUGAUUACCUGGGAAAAACCGUUCAAGUUGUUCCACACAUCACUGAUGCAGUUCAGGAAUGGGUAAUGAAUCAGGCAAAAGUUCCGGUGGAUGAUGACAGAAAAGAGCCACAAAUUUGUGUAAUUGAGCUGGGUGGAACCAUUGGAGACAUUGAAGGAAUGCCAUUUGUUGAAGCAUUUAGACAGUUUCAGUUCAAAGCAAAAAGAGAAAACUUCUGUAAUAUUCACGUUAGUCUAGUACCACAGCCUAAUGCCACUGGUGAACAGAAGACAAAACCAACACAGAACAGUGUUCGAGCACUGAGGGGUCUAGGCUUGUCUCCAGAUUUGAUUGUCUGCAGAAGUGCAAAACCUAUAGAAAUGGCAGUGAAGGAAAAGAUUUCCAUGUUUUGCCAUGUGGAGCCUGAGCAGGUGAUAUUUAUCCAUGAUGUUUCUUCCACUUAUCGAGUACCAAUCUUGUUGGAGGAGCAAGGCAUCACUAAGUAUUUUAAGCAGAGGUUAAAUUUACCUAUUGAUGACCAGCCAAGUGAUCUUCUGAUGAAAUGGAAGAAAAUGGCUGACAGAUACGAAAGGUUGCUGAAGGUGUGUUCCAUAGCUCUCGUUGGCAAGUACACAAAACUAAGUGAUUGCUAUGCAUCUGUCUUCAAGGCUCUGGAACACUCUGCGCUGGCAAUUAAUCACAAACUGGAUUUAAUG